AUGACUGAUCUCUUCCAGAUCCCAUACAAGUAUUCUCAGACAGGUGACAUAAGCAUCGGAGAGAUUGCUACACAAUUUGACUGCCUAUUUGAUAAAAUCUCUUUCUCUGAACACCCCAAAACAAAGUUUGUAAAUGAAUUGAUAGCAACACCCAAAAAUUACCAGCACGUCCUGUCCUUGGUAUUUGCUGUGAAAGAGAUUAAUGAGAACCCCAAGAUCCUACCAAAUAUAAGCCUGGGAUUCCACAUCUUUGACAGUUAUUUAAAUUCAAGAAUGACUCAUCAAAACACUUUGAAACUUCUAUCUGCCUGGGAAAGGAUCGUUCCAAACUUCAAGUGUGACAAGCAAAAUGACCUGAUUGCUGUCAUUGGAAGUCUUGACUCUGACAUCUCUCUUCAAAUGGCUACUCUGUUAGGUAUCUACAAGAUCCCACAGAUAGCCUACUGUGUAUUAGCACCAGCAGUGAAUGUUCAACAGCACCUUCCUUCCUUCUACCGAAUGGUUCCUAGUGAAGAAUGUCAGUACUCAGGGAUAGUCCAGCUCCUUCUUCAUUUCCAGUGGACAUGGGUUGGAAUCAUUGCAGCAGAUGAUGACAAAGGAGAACAGUUUGAGAAGAGGUUAUUACCAAUACUUUCCCAACAUGGGAUCUGUACAGGGAUCACUGUAAAAACACCCUCCCUAUCUGACAUCUUAGAGACCUUCCAUUCAUUAGAACCCAUACUGGGCAUGAUCAUUGCAAUAGCUAAUUCCAGUAUCAAUGCAUUUGUUGUAAAUGCUGAUCCUCAGACCACGACAUGUCUAAAAUGGUUGAUAUAUUAUGGAAUAUUCCAAGGCAUUGCAGAGACAUCUAUCGCUAAAGUGUGGAUCAUGACAGCCCACUGGGAUUUCUCAUCGCAGAAAGUGCAGAGGGAUUUUGAGAUACAUGUCUUCCAUGGCAUGCUGUCUUUUGCAAUUCAUUCCAAUGAGUUGCUGUGUUUUCCAAAAUUCCUUCAGAGCCUAGAUCCUAACUCACCCAAAGGAGAUGGGUUUAUCAGGAUCUUCUGGGAAGAGGCAUUUGGCUGUUCAUUUUCUGAUUCUGAUGAGGGGAAGGAGAGCAGACAUACUUGCACUGGGCAAGAAAGGCUGGAGAACCUCCCUGGGACUUUAUUUGAAAUGACCAUGACUGGCCAAAGCUACAGCAUCUAUAAUGCAGUCCACGCCAUAGCACAUGCUUUACAUAAGAUGUUGUCAUUUAUAUCCAUACCCAAAUGGAGAGUGGAAAGAGGCAGACAGGACAUUGAAAAUGUGAAACCUUGGCAGCUUCACGCAAUUCUGCAGAGGAUCUCAUUUAACAACAGUGCUGGGGACUUGGUGUCUUUUGAUGAAAAUGGUGAAUUAGCAUCUGGUUUGGAUAUUAUUAAUUGGGUUACUUUCCCGAAUAAAUCCUUCUUAGGAAUGAAAGUAGGAAGGAUGGAUCCACAGGCUUCACCAGAUCAAGAGCUCACCAUUAAUAAGGAGGCCAUCACAUGGCACAGUAUAUUUAAUCAGGUGCUCCCCCUAGCUGUGUGUAAUGAUAACUGCCAUCCAGGUUACAGAAGAAAAAAGAAGGAAGGGAAGCCAUUUUGUUGCUAUGACUGUGUUCCAUGUUCAGAUGGAAAGAUUUCAGACCAGAAAGACAUGGAUGAUUGCUUCAAGUGUCCAGAAGAUAAGUUUCCCAACAGAAACCAAAAACAAUGUCUUCCCAAGGCCCUAAACUUUCUCGCUUACACAGAACCAUUGGGAAUUACUAUAAUUUUCUUGGCUUUGUCUUUUUCUCUGAUCACAGCCUUGGUACUAGCAAUUUUCAUUAAGAACCAGAACACUCCCAUUGUCAAAGCCAAUAAUCGGGACCUCAGUUACUGUCUGCUAAAUUCCCUCUUGCUCUGCUUCCUCUCUGCCUUGCUCUUUAUUGGCCAGCCUCAGUCAGUGACCUGCUAUUUACGUCAAACAACUUUUGGUAUCGUCUUCUCAGUGGCUGUUUCUUGCAUAUUAGCAAAAACCAUCACUGUGAUUCUGGCUUUCAUGGGCACCAAGCCUGGAUCCAGGGUGAGGAAAUGGGUAGGGAAAAGAUUGGCAAUUCCUAUUAUUUCUGGCUGUUGCCUUAUUCAAGUCAGUAUUUGUGUUGUGUGGCUCUGUAAUGCACCUCCAUUCCUGGACAUUGACAUGCAUGCUCUGGCUGAAGAAAUCAUCGUGCAAUGCAAUGAAGGUUCAGAUACAAUGUUUUAUUGUGUUUUGGGGUAUCUGGGAUGUCUUGCCAUUAUCAGUUUCACAGUGGCUUUUCUAGCCAGAAAAUUACCUGACAGUUUCAAUGAAGCCAAAUUCAUCACUAUCAGCAUGCUGGUGUUCUGCACUGUUUGGUUAUCCUUUGUUCCCUCUUACCUGAGCACCAGAGGGAAAUACAUGGUGGCUGUGGAGAUCUUCUCCAUUUUGGCCUCUAGUGUAGGAUUACUAGGUUGUACAUUUUUUCCAAAAUGCUACAUAAUCAUCCUGAAACCUGAAUUGAACAGCAGGGAUCAGCUAAUAUGGAGGAAUUAA